AUGAUUGCUGAGAUCUUGGAAGGUGAAAGGGCAUCCCGAGUUAGACCCGACGAGCGGGAUCCAAGGAUUGAUGGGAUCCUCGAGGCGCCGGGAGCCAUUGGGGAUCUAAUGGGGCAGCAAGUAAGGAACCAGAAUGCUGCCAGUACUGCUGAAGCACAAAAGUUGGUGGAACAGUUCCUUAAGCUGAAGUUGUCUAAGUUUGCGGGAAGCGGAGAUCCCGAGGCCGCCACCUCUUGGAUAGAGGAACCGGAGAAAGCGUUCACCUUACCGAGGUGUACGGAUGAAGAUAAGGUCACUCUGGCCGUUUAUCAGAUUGUGGGCAAUGCAUAUUCGUGGUGGAGAGCCACUAAGGAUAGCGUCUUUCCGAAUGGUAUAGCCCCGACAUGGGAUACCUUCGUGGGAGCGUUCAAUGGGAAGUACUUUUUGGAUACUGCGAGGGAACAAAAGAUGGCAGAGUUCCUUCGCCUGCGCCGUAACCAAUUGUCGGUGGAUGAGUAUGAGGCAAGAUUUGCUGAACUGUCAAAGUAUGCCCCAAGGAUGAUAGAGGACCCCGUAGAUAGGACAAGAAGAUUCCAGGAUGGACUGAAGCCGGAAAUCAAGAGCGUGUUGGUGCCGCUCAACUUGAAAGAUUACGACGACUUGUAUGAGAGGGCGCAGAUGGUGGAACGUGAUUUCCCUAAGAGGGUUGCCGCAACCGGAUUGCGGUUUAUACCAUCGCACGGACGGGACAUUCGACAAGGAAAGAGGCCGAUGCCUAGUGGUAGGCGCCACAUCCCACCCAACAGAAGAGGGGCGAUCAGCAAGCCAACAUUUCGUCAAGAUAACGAGUGCCAUCUGUGUCACCAAAAGCACGCAACUGCUCAAUGUUCGUAUCAAGGAUGA